AUGGAUAUCGUACGAGGGACACCGCCACCCGCGAAGUGGUACGACAUCAAAUCUGGCAUCUCCAGCAACCGUCGGUCAACGUCCACCGUCCUUCCACCACCACCUGUUCCGAGUUCUAACAUUUUACGAUCUGUGUUUUUGGCUCGGAUUACAAUGAACUUUGAAUCACUCUCUCCUGCGGCCUCGCUGUCGCCGCCAUCAAUUUCGUCUGGGGAUACGGAUUCCGACGACCAACAUAUCUCAUCUCCGACUAACUCUUUCUCCCCAGAUCUUGGGUUUGACCAGUUUAUGCCAGAUAUAGGCCUCCAAGCUACGAUGCAGGAACUCGGCAUGUCUAUCGAUGGUUGGGAGCAGUGGAACGACACAAACAAACCGAUCGUUGAUCCUGCGAUGCUAUUUCUUGACCUCGAUGGCCUAGUAACUGACCCUACUACUGUUAUUGAACCUCCCCAGGUAAUUAACCCGAAUUUACCGCUUCCCAAAAGCAAGUUUGCCGCCGCCCGUGCCUCGCACUUACUGUCUAUUCCAUCUGCUCCGACGUUGGAUAUUCCUCAACUGGAGACUCAGAUUCAGACUCCCAUCCCCAAGUCCGAGCCACUCAGUGCUGCUGACGACAUCGCCCAACGAAUUCUCGCUAGGACACGUGCUGCCAAAGUCCAGGAGCCCCAAGUCCAACCUCAACCGCAAAUGUCCCAAUUCCCGCCGCAUAUUCCAGGCUCUAUGCCAGGGAUCGUUAUGCCUAGUUUACCACCCGUUCCAAGGGCUGGCGCCAAUCCCAACCCAGCUCCAACAGACCCUAAUGCGUUCACCGCGAUGCAACUAGAUGCGAACGCAGAGGCACUGGAGCAGGAGUACCUUGCAAUUCUCCAAAAUGCGCAGUCCAUGCCGGAUUUCUUUUCCGCUGCAUUCGGUCAACCUAAUGCCACUCCUUCUCAGCAACCCCCAGCGCUACCUACUCUCCCGGAUGGCGCGGCCAAGUCUGCUCCUCCCCCUCUACGUACAAAGACUUCACACACAACUAUCGAGCGCCGGUACCGCACAAACCUAAAUACUCGUAUCACUGCUUUAAGACACGCGGUCCCCGCCCUACGAGUCCUUGAUAAAGCUGCAUUCCCCAACGAACAACCCGACGAACACGGGCUAUGCGACGGUGUUCGACCGGCUCGUAAAGCAUCAAAGGCGAGCGUUCUCGGAAAGGCCACAGAAUACAUCCGGGUUCUCAAGCGCCGAGAGAAGAGGCUCGAAGGGAAAGUUGGGGGGCUGAAGGCUUUGGUCAAGUGCGUUAGCGGCGAAGAUGUCGUCAGGGAGUGGGAGGCGGAAUGGGUUCGUGUGCAUGGUGGACCAGAAACGGAUUCGAUUGGUGUAGAUGACCAACCUGAGGCGGAGGGUGACGGCGACGAUGAUGACUCGGAUGGAGACGAACCCAAGGCUAAACGCGCCCGCCCUACCACUGCUAAUCCAAGCCUUUCUCCUCCACAACAAGCCGGCGAGAACCCAAGGCUAAACGCGCCCGCCCUACCACUGCUAAUCCAAGCCUUUCUCCUCCACAACAAGCCGGCGAGAAAAGAAAGCGGGGGGCAGUCUCCUGCUGCUUCUCACCAUACCCACUCUGGAUCGGUUAUUUCGCCGGUUAUUUCACCAAGCGGAAAAGUUGAAACGCCAUGGGACUUUGCUCAUGCAGCUCAUACAAUCUUCUCGAUUGUAUUAUUGCUUUCGUUGGUCUUGAGCUGGGUCCGAUCUUUGAGUGCCAAGAAGCAAGCGCAAGGAGUUGAAGGAGCAAAGAAGGUUCUAGCUAAAGGGCGCGAGUUAUCCGCCAUUUCGCGAUUCUGGACAGCCGCUUCGCUUUACUUCUCUGUGUCUGGUCCUGAAGAAGAGCAGUCCGAACGCGAAGCAGUGCUAGCGCUUCUUCUCGCCCCCGUCUGUGCACCCCUCGCAAAAAGGUUCUGGUCUCGCGCUGCACAAACUCCCGUUCGGUUGAAGAGUCCUCUACCCCAGAACCUGGUUCGCCUUCCUCUGAACCGCGACUCCCCGCCCGGGAUCCUCACCGCGACCAAUGUACGAACGGCAGUGCUUUCCCUCCCGCUACACGAUGCCGAGCAAGCCUACCUCUCCGCCCUCUCCGCUGCCAGCCAAGUCGUCGACGUCCUGUUCGACCUAGCCGUUCGCAAGUUUGUUGAAACCUCGCACCAAGACUCGUCCUCGUCCUUGUCCCAGCUCGAACAAGAAGAAGAGACUGAGGAAGCGACCAAGUCUGUUUGUCGUCUUGGUCAUGGAUUGCAGUCUCCUACACUCCGCUCGCUUGUCGUAUCGUUUGAAACGCUCCGGUCUUCCCCCUCUUCGUCCCUAGAAUCGGAGAAAAUCAAGGGCGUGCGAGCAUUGAUCAAGGCGCUAGAACUAUACCGAAAAGUAUACCCUGAUCCGGAAGGUGUACUUACUCCUACAGGGGGAGUGCAUUAG